CUUACUCCUCCAACCCACUCUUUUAAAUCCCCUUCCUUCACUCCCUCUCUCUCUCUCACUCUCUCUAUAGAGAAGAAGCAUGAGAAUGAGCUGCAAUGGCUGCAGAGUCCUCCGCAAAGGCUGCAGUGAAGACUGCACCUUGAGACCCUGCCUUCAGUGGAUCAAAACUCCCGAGUCCCAGGCCAACGCCACCGUCUUCCUUGCCAAAUUUUACGGGCGCGCUGGCCUAAUCAACCUCAUCAAUGCUGGCCCCGAUCACCUCCGCCCUGCAAUUUUCAGGUCACUGCUGUAUGAGGCAUGCGGGCGGAUCAUCAACCCGAUUUACGGGUCGGUCGGGUUAAUGUGGGGCGGGAACUGGGACAGGUGUCAGGAAGCGGUGGAAGCGGUUCUCAGCGGCUCGGAGAUCACCCAGAUCCCCAUCGAAGACGGCGGUGGGGCUGAGUCACACUCGAUUCCGCCUUUCAAGGGCUGCGACAUACGUCACAUCUCCAAGGAACCCUCGCCCGCGGUUCGCCGGGUCAAGUCCAGAAACAGGUUCAAGCGGACCGGACCGGCUCAGGGAAAUACUUCGGCCGGGAAUGUUGACUCGCUGGCGGAUGCCAUGGAGGAGCCGGAGAAGUUCAGCAUCUCCGGGUGGGGGUUUGAGGGGUCGGAGGGCGGCAGGUUCGAGCGGGCGGCGAGUCAUGGCUCGUCGUCGCUCGAAUCGGUCGAGCCGUAUGGUUUGGGCGAGGACAAACCGGUUGGGACCGGAAACGAGCUGCUGCUGGAUCUUACCCUGGGGUUUAGCGCAGGGGACCAGCCCAUCUCUCCACCGUGGAUGAGCACUCAGUAGAUGACGUGUAAGGAAGGAGGAAAGAAUCCGUUACGGAGCAUCUGUUUUUGGGGGUUUUGUUUAUCGUGAACAUUUUCAUAUUUUGGUUGUUUUUUGUUUUAUUGUCAGCUUUUUGGUUUUCGGAAAUCAAUAGGUUUCAAAAUCUAAGAUCUAAAUACAAGUGAUUUCCGCAUAGUCAUAAUAAUAAAAAUAUGUAUAGUGAGACAGGGAAAACAAGGACUGUCAAUUGGAGUUCAUCCAUCAUAUGUAUUUUCUCUAGAGGAUAUAUAUAAUUGGGUUUCACC